AUGGACGUCGACGAGGAAAAACCACAUGUCCGUGGCUCUUCGGUGACCGAACCUAUCCUCCGGCGCUUUUGCCGGUGCAAGCUGCACGAGGAAGAAGACCAAUGCGCGCUGUGCGGAAGCGAGAUGCUCAUCUGCAGGCUCACUUCCUACGGAGCUCUCGGUCCAGUGGUGGGACGACUCGACAGGCCGCUGUCCGGGGAAUCAAAGGCAUCUCCGGCCCUGGCCACCGGCGGCCGGGGCGUCCCCAGGGGUCCAACUUCUGUGGAGAGGAAACCCCACCAGCCGCGGUUAAAGCCUGAAUACAGCAUGCCGGCCGCUCGUGAAGAUCAAUUCGAGCGCGUCUGGUUCGACAAUCAGGUGCAACGUGCGCAGCACGAGGCGUGA